CCCGCGGCUCGCAGCUGUGGAGAUGAGCUGAUCCUCCACUACUGAGGGCAAACUCACAGGCUCCUUGUUGUGCUGCUGCUGGAGGGAACCCUCCUGGAGGAAGUGAAGACUGAAAUGACGUGGACUUCAGCGGAUUUUUAAAUGUGAAGCCGCAUUUGAAAAGAAACGCCCUGACUGCUCAGCAUGAUGUCAAACCAGGUGAUCAGGUCUCAGGAGCAGGCUCUCUGCGGACCUGCGUCUGUGCAGGAGUUAUCCCACUGUCCUCCAGCCUUCAGGAUCAACUCCACACCCAUGUUCAGCCUCCACAGUCAGCGGGUCAACAAAAGUCAGCGGGAGCUGAGCCCAGAAGAGCAGCAGGAGCUACGCCGCAAGAUCAACAGCCGAGAGCGGAAGAGGAUGCAGGACUUGAACGUUGCCAUGGACGCCCUCAGGGAGGUCAUGGUGCCUUAUGCUUCGUCUCCCUCAUCUGCUUCCUUGCAGACUCACCAGCCAGGUGCGCCUCCUGGGCGAAGGCUUUCCAAAAUCUCCACCCUGGUCUUAGCCAGGAACUACAUCCUGCUGCUGGGCUCGUCUCUGCAGGAGAUGAGGCGUCUCCUCGGAGAGCUGAGUGUUGGCAUGGGGGUCAACGCGGGCCAGAUCCCUCGGCUGGUACUCACAGGCGGAUGGCCCUUCAUCUCCGGUCCCGGUCAGCUCCUCCUCACCCAGGAGUCGCUCCUGUCCUCUGCUGCCUCUUCUUCUUCCUCCCCGUCUUCAUCUUCAUCCUCUGCUGUAAAGUGUCCACAGACCCUCAUGGAGACAUCACAGUGGAGCUCCGCCGGGGUCUCCGCCGGGCCGCUGUGCCCUUGUGGUAUUUGCAGACUGCCCAGAUUCAGCCAGUCCAGCACAACCAGCAGAUUCCCCAAAUGACUUUGACCCAAUUAAAGACCUUCACAACGCUUGCAUUUUUAUACAAUAUACUUUAUUUUUCUAACAUUUUUAACACUUUUUUUUCUACAUUUUUCUGCCUUGAAGUAAAUCUAAUAUGUAGAUUAAUAAUUAAUACAUGCAUUUCUUACUACUUUCUAUAUGAUUUUUACUGCACAGA